CACGCUGGCCCGGGGCCAGGCUCCGAAAUGAGCCGCCUUGCACCACACCGUGCGCAGGGAGCUCCCACUCACACCUCCCUGGUAUAAAACCCCAGUGCACCGCAGCCCGCUCAUACCCGGGACAGCCCUCGGAGCAGCUCCCCAGGACCCCGUCGGAGCAGACAGCCCCACCAAGGGACCCUCAGACCUCACGAGGAGCAGCAUGGGCCAGUGCAACUGCCGCAAGAAGCGCAAGGACUGCCAGGAGCUCACCAACGUGGAGCAGGCCAUCGAGACCGUCAUCAACCAGUUCCACUGCUACGCGGUGAAGGGGCAGAAGGAGUACCUGACCCCCAAUGAGAUGCGGGAGCUGGUGGUGCAGAAGCUGCCCCACUUGGGGAAGUGCGUCGGACCGCUGGAUGAGAAGAUCGAGUGCAUGGGGGACCCUGAUGAGGCCAAGCUGGAGUUUGGAGAGUACUGGGACAUGAUGGGGGACGCGGCCAAGGGCUGCCGGAGGAAGUAGAGGGCAUCGGGGGACGAGAAGGCGCCCGAGGCCUCGGGCUCUGCACUGCGACGAGGUCCCGGCGGCUGCGUGGUUGCAGGUCCCCUGGCCCCGGAGCGUCGCAGCGAGAGGGACUUUGCUCCUUUCCCCUCCCCAAAUCCCUUCGAUGUGGGGGCUCCGGGCCAGCCCCAAUGUCGCCGUUGGUGGCCUGGGCAUAGUUUCUGCUCCCACCCUCCUGGACCGGGGGUACGAUGCCUGCGCUGCUCAGUUUUUGGGGUGCUGCGCCUGCGCGAGGCUCCCCACCUGCCCCUGGCUGACAGCCGGGCUUGGGGCUGAGCUGGUGGCGGGUUGUUAUCAGCUUGCGUCACUUGCAACCAUUUUUGUAUAAAUUAAUAAAGGAAAAAUGAAAAAAAAAAAAAACACAACAAACACAGCCAGG